GGCGAGCGAGCCAGGCAGGGAGGGAGGAGGGAGGGAGCGGGGCCCGCUUGGCUGGCUGGGGCGGGCCGGGCCGGGCCAGGCAGCAGCAGCAGCAGCAGCAGGAAGAAGAAGAAGAAGGAGAAGGAGAGCAGCAGCGGCGGCGGCGGCGGCUCUACGGCGCGUCCGUGGCAAGAAAGCAGCCGCCCCGGCCAGGGAAGACGAGGAGGAGGAGGCGGCGGCAGCAGCAGCAGCCCGUGGGGCCGGCCAUGCCUGCGGAGGGCCGUCGCCGCCUGCGCCGUCUCCGCUGCUAGCCUAGGCGAGGAGGGCUGGAGGGGGCGGCCCGCGCGGCCAUGCCAUGCCCGCGCUGAAGCGAUGCCUGCCCGGCCGCCGCGGAGACGGAGCCCCGACGCCGCCGCUGCUGCCGCCGCCGCCGCCGCCGCCACGGGCUGGUGCCUCUUCUGCUGCCUGCUGGGCGGCUGCGGGCUGGCGGCGGCCAGUGCCCGGAGCUGCCAGCCCUGCGGGCCCGAGUGCGCCUGCCGGAGCGCCGGGGGCGCCUGCCUCGUCGACUGCUCCGGCCGCGGCUUGCAGCGCCUGCCCGCGGCGCCCUUCCCGGCCGCCACCGUCUCCCUGGAUCUUUCCAGUAACAAGAUCAGUGCUUUGAAUGUUGAGGCAUUUGCACAUUUGACUUCCCUAACAAAACUAGAUAUAAGCAACAACAAGAUUUCUGCAUUAGAAGAAGGAAUAUUUGAUAAUUUAUUUAAUUUAAGUGAAAUAAACUUAAGUUUGAAUCCAUUCCUUUGUGACUGCAAUCUUGCCUGGUUCCCCCGUUGGGUAGAAGAAAGAAAAGUUAGAGUUACGCAUCUGUUGGAGACGAAAUGUGACCAGCCUCCCAAGGUGGCAAACCUGCCUCUCUUCAAUGUUUCGUUUAUCGACAUCACUUGUGGAGCUGACUACAUUGCAUGCCUGACUGACAACACCACCGCGCUGACCGAUUCCAUUGUCCGAUUCACGUCCCACCUCCCUUCAAACCUGACGGAGAAGAUGUGUAGCGCUCUUUGCUAUCUUGAAGAUCUGGACUAUGGGGGCUUUAGCGAGGACGAGCAUUGCCUGUGUGGCUUUGCUCUCGAACCCAACUCUUCCUCCGACUGCUUGCCGUUCUGUGCCGAGCUAUACGUUGGGCCUGUCUGUGGUGGCCCGUCCCUCGUUUCGAACGUCUUUCCCGCUGAGCUGCCCAUUUCCUUCACGGAGCUCAACGCUCCUUUCAGCCUUUACCAAGCAGCGGCCCUUCGCGUCAGUGUUCCAGUUGGCGUUCCAGUUGGCGGCAUGCUUCGGUGGGACUUUGGGGACCAGACCGAGGGCUUGAAUACCACCCAGACAGACGUUCUGCACCAGUAUGCAUUACCCGGGCGCUACAAUGUCACAGUGGCCAUCUUUGUUGGCAGUCGGUUCACCUCAGCGCAGACUGAAGUCAGGGUGGUGGCUCCCCCAGACGAGAUAGAGCUCCAGUGUCCCCUUUGGGUGAAAACGAACGAAAGUUUGAGGCUACAGAUAAGGAACCGAGGAGGAACCGGCCUGUCAGCUGUAUAUAACAUUACGGCACAGGACACAGAACCUGGGAAAGUGGCCCGUCCAACAUGCCCCUUGGACAGCGUGAUCUUCCCUGGCAACAACCACUGCUACUGGCUGGUCGUGGAGAAAGCAGAAUGGCUGGAAGCACAGCAGCAUUGUCGGGAAUACAGCCACGGAGACCUGGCUUUCGUCCGCAGCCCUGGAAUUCAGAGUUUCUUGGUGUCCCGGGUUACCAGGAGCUUGGAUGUCUGGAUUGGGUUCAACGAUCUAGCCAGCCCCAGCCCUUCACAGCAAGGAGAAGGGUUUAAUCUGCAGAGCUGCCAGAACUGGCUUCCUGGGGAGCCCCACCCAUCCAACGCUGACCACUGUGUCCGCAUGGGCCCUGCUGGCCAGUGCAACACGGACCUCUGCACGGUCAAGCACAGCUACGUCUGCGAGUUCAAGCCUCCAGAGAUUCUCCUAAAUGCUGAGCACUUUUCCCUGGGCCCUCCGGCAUUUGCUACGCAUGAGGCCAUAAGAAACCUCACCGAAGUGGAGCAGCUGGGAGCUCCUUCCGGACUUGUAGAGACGAUGGCGUUCCCUGGCUUGGAGUUCCAGAAGGAGGGCUUCUUGAUGGCCUUGGAGUUUGUGGCCCAGGAGCUGCAUCGGCCGGCCCAAGUCCGGUUCCGAGUGCACCAGCCACCGGUACACGUGGGAGGGUGCACAGAAGUAACGGAUGUCACCGAUCUGCCCCUCACUUCUCAGGAGAACGGGACUUGGGCGGAAGGGGAAUGUCCGCUUGGAUUCCAGUGGUGCCCUUUGACCAACACGUGCCUCUCGCUGGGGAGCUGUUGUGGCACGGGAGAGUGCGCCAACAGCACUGUCACCAGCACGGCUCCCCGGCUUCCGUGUCGCCAUGAAAGCCCACCAGUGAACGGAGCAUCCCAGGAGUCGCUGUUCACUUUGCCCCCAGGGCCCUCCACACAGUAUCUUCUGCUCUUCAGAGGCAAGGGCGCCUUUGCUCGGCCCAAUGACACCGUGAGCAUCCAGCACGACGUGGGGCCGGGCGCCUUCCUCCUUUGCCACCCCAACCAGACUCCGUCUUCCCAGAUGGGCUACUUCACCUUCAACUCUUCCGGGUGGGAGCCUGGUUUACCCGCGGCCAGCAGCUGGCGGAACGACUCCGUGUGCUCCCUCAGGGUCCUCUAUGCCACCGAAGAGACGACCCCCAUUAUCAGUGCGGAGAACCUCGGCGUGGAUCACUCUGGCCUCUACUCAGUGAGAGCCACGGUCGACAACGGAGUCUUCGGCGCUAACUUGUCCUGCAGCUUCUGGGCUGUUUCUCCCGUGUCGGGCCUCCGCAUCAUUUACCCUCCAGAGCAAGACGGCAGAAUCUAUGUGGAAACGAAUCGCACUUGGCUGGUGGUGAAAAUCUCCUCUGGGGUGAAUGCCACAGCUGGCUGGCUCGGUGGGAACCAGAGCUUCUUCUUUGAAAGGAGCUGCCCCCCAGGAGUCUCCCCGCUGGUCGUCGAGUGUGCCAGGGAGAACAACGACACCUGGUUCUCCGUCGUCGCCCUGGAGGGCAUCGGGGAGAAUGUGAGCACCGUCGUGCUGUGGGCAGAGAACGCCGUGAGCUUCCAGAACAUCACCGUCCUGGUGAAAGCCGAGGACGCCAUCCGGGGGCUUCGAGCAACGCCAGACCCGGAAACCAGAGUCUUGCUGAACAACCGGGUGAGCUACGUCCCCAUGAUGGAUGCCGGGUCAAACGUGACUUUCCGGUGGACGGUGGACGACAAGCGCUCCCUGACGUUCUACAACGAAGUCUUCAACGUCAUCUACCAGACGCCCGCCGUGUACAAACUCUCGCUCACCGCCUCCAAUCACGUCAGCAACGUCACUGUUGACUACAACAUCACCGUGGAGAAGAUGAACCGGAUGAAGGAUCUGCUCCUCUCUGAGAUCCCCUCGCUCAUCCCGCAGAACAGCUCUGUGGACCUGGCAGCCACGGUCACUGUGGACUCGGCGGUGAAUGCCACGUUCUUGUGGGACUUUGGAGACGGGGACCGUGCUGUUUUCCACUUUCGGCCUCCCUAUAACGACUCUUUCCUUAUGCCGGAUCCCAACGUCCACCAGGUUGUAAUUGGGCACAAUGUGUCGCAUACCUACCAAGAACCAGGUGAAUAUACCCUGGUCCUUGUAGCAUCCAAUGAAUUUGAGAACCUGACCCACUCAGUCCCUGUCCACAUCUACACCUGUCUGAUGGAAGUGAGCAUGGACGUUGAUGCCGAAGUCCUGGUUGUGGGCCAUCCUGUCACUUUCGAAGCUCUCCCUCUGCCGUCUAGCUUUGGGGUCUCUUACACCUGGGAUUUCGGGGAUGGCACUGUGCUAUUUGCAGAAAGCCAGCCUACCGCCGUCCACACCUACCACAGCAAGGGAGUGUACAACGUCAGCCUGAGAGCCAACAACACCCUUAGCACUGUGGAGGCAUUCCAGGAUUACCGCGUCUUCGAAGAGAUCAGUGGGCUGCGGGUGUCUGUGGACGAAGUGAUAGAGCUGGGCACCCCUGUAGAGAUCAAUGCUUCCGUGGAGACGGGGGAUAAUGUCACCUGGAUAUUUGAUAUGGGCGAUGGCACAGAACUCUCCACCACAGUCUCCUCUGUGAAGCAUAGCUAUUUAAAGGAGCUCAACUGCACGGUCAACGUGACCGCGGUGAAUCCUGUGAACUCUGUUUCCCAAGCUGUGCCUGUCCAGAUCUUUGUGCUGAUGGUUCUCAAGAUCGAACCUUCCACUUGUAUCCCCGAGCAGCCUGACGUACAGCUCACUGCCUACGUCUCUGGCAAUCCCAGCAACUACAUUUUCGACUGGACAUUUGGGGAUGGCUCGAGCAAUGUCACUGUGGACGGGGACCCAACAGUGAUGCACAACUUCACCCGCAGUGGCGUCUUCCCACUCUCUUUGGUCCUCUCCAGCAGGGUCAACAAAGCCCACUAUUACACUGUGGUCUGUGUGGAGCCAGAGAUCACCAACAUCACGCUGUUUGUGAGGCCACACUUUGUGCGGCUGGGCAACGAGAGCAGGUUCCAAGUCACUGCCUUGCCACCUUACCUCUACCGUUACCAUUGGGACUUUGGGGCCAACGACUCGGCUCGAUUCGGUGGGACAGAAGUCAGCUAUUCUUACAAAACCCCAGGUGUCUACUUAGUUACGGUGACCGUCUGCAACAACGUGUCGUUGUUGAAAGACACCGCCUUUGUGGAAGUCCAAGAACCCGUGGGAGUGGCCAAGAUCGAGUCGAACGGCUCAAAGGUUUUGGAACUGAACCAGGUCUAUCUGUUCUCUGCCAACGUCAGCGGGACCAAAGUCAGUUACCUGUGGGACUUUGGAGAUGGCACUACCCAGCUUGGGAAGUUAAUCACUCACUCCUACAAUAAAAGCGGCACUUACGCCAUCAGCCUGACAGGCUGGAAUGACGUGAGUUUCCGUGAAGCAAGGCUCAACGUCACGGUGAAGAGGCGCCUACAGGGACUCGCCAUUAAUGCCAGCAGGACCGUGGUGCCUCUGAACGGCUCUGUGAGCUUCGCGGCCACCCUCCUUGCUGGCAAUGCCACCCAGUACUCUUGGAUCUUGUGUGACAGGUGCACCCCCAUCCCGGGCUCUUCCACCAUCUCCUACACUUUCCGCUCCGUUGGGACGUUCAACGUGAUUGUGACAGCGGAGAACGAGAUCGGGUGUUUGCAAGACAGCAUCUUCAUCUACGUCUUGCAGCAGAUCGACGGGCUGCAGAUCACGGGCACUGACCUCGUGGACGACGCUUGCUUCCCCACCAACAAGACGCUCCAGCUGCAAGCCGCGGUGAGAGAUGGGACAAACAUCUCCUACAGCUGGACCACCCAGAAGGAAAGCCACCCUGUGCAAAUGUUCACUGGCAAAGUCUUCUCCCUGACCAUUCUGGAAGCUGGUGUCUAUGUGGUCCACCUGAAAGCCACCAACAUGUUGGGAAGCAUGUCUGUCAACAAGACGGUGGAGUUCACGGAGCAGGUGGGCUCCUUGAAGCCAGUCGCUUCACCCAACCCUGCUGCGGUCAAUGCCUCUGUGAACAUGAGCACCACCAUCACUGGUGGGACCGGCCUGACGUACACCUGGCACCUGGAAGAUGGCACCUCCCUUUCCACCUCCGGCCCUUUCGUCACGCAUUGUUUCCUGAGCUCGGGUGCCAAAGCCGUCACCAUUGUGGCAGAAAACAAAUGUAGUUCUGUGAAUGCGACGCUCAUGGUGUUUAUACAGGAGCCAGUCUUGGGUCUGAGGAUCAGGACAGUCCGGCCAAACUGCAGUUACGUUGCAUCAGGCUCUGAAGUGAAGUUCUCUGGUGAGCUUGAAAUGGGAUCCGACGUCUCCUGGAUGUGGGAGAUGCUGAGCAGUGUUAUAUCUGGCCAGAGGGUGGCGCUGGGGUUCCCCAGGGCUGGCUUCUUCUCUGUCUGUCUAAACGCUUCCAAUGAGGUCAGCUGGGAGGUGGCCUGUCUCAACAUGACCGUGCAAGACGCAAUCCGGGGCCUGCAGCUCCGCGUGAGCAAGGAAGUCGUGGAGCCUGGGGAAGAGGUCUCCUUUGGUGUCAGGAUGUCUUCUGGCUCCUCUGUGAGCUACAAGCUGAGUGUGGAUGGAAAUCACGCCGUGGCACUCAAUGCUUCGAACUUCACCCAUGCAUUCAGCCAGGUGGGAGACUACGUUGUAAGGGUGACUGCAGAAAACCGCAUCAGUUCGGAAUACACCGAGGUCCUCAUCGUGGUUCUGGAGGCCAUCCGUGGCUUGCAGGUCAUGGACUGCUGUGAGCCAGGCAUGCCUACUGGGGUGGAGAGGCAUUUCAGAGCCGAAAUCGAGAGUGGUUCGCAUGUGUCUUAUUUGUGGCAGUUCUCCUUAGAGGAAGAUCAGGGACGUUUCCGGGAUCUCUUGGAAGAAGGCAAGAAUGUCUCGUACACCCCAAAGGCUGCAGGACAGCUGGACAUUCACCUCUGCGCUUCCAACGGCCUGGGCAGCCAGAAUGUAACCAUCGUGAUUCAAGUCCAAGACCUCAUUAUGCAGCUUUCCCUCCUGCCUGUUGACCCCUUUGCCAACCGGACAACGCCAUUUGAAGCAUCUGUGUUGCCCAGCGCUAGGCAAGUGGUGUUCUGGUGGCACUUUGGAGACGGUUCUCCAGCUCAAAGGACAGAUGUGGCGUCGGCCAGCCACACUUACCUGAGGCCAGGGGAUUACCUGGUGGAGGUGAACGCCACCAACCUCAUCAGCUUUUUCAUCGCCCACCUGACGGUCACGGUCCGAGUGCUGGAGUGUGAGGAGCCAGAGGUUGAGCUUGCCUUACCGGCUCAGGUUGUCAUGAAGCGGUCACAGAAGAAUUACUUGGAGGCGCAGAUAGACCUCCGAGGCUGCACCAGGUACCAGACAGAGUACCUGUGGGAGAUCUACCCAGCCCCAAGCUGUUUGCAACUGGGCGACGCUGACAAAUCCCACCCGCCCGGUGUGGACGUGAGCCGGCCCCAGCUGGUCAUCCCCAAGCUUGCACUGAACCUUGGGACUUACUGCUUCAAGUUCUUGGUCUCCUUUGGAGACACACCCCUGUCCAAGAGCAUCUUUGCCAACGUGACUGUUGUGCCUAAUAAGCUGGUGCCCAUCAUUGAUGGAGGGUCGUAUCGGGUGUGGUCCAGCACUCGGGACUUGAUACUGGAUGGGGAGAAAUCCUAUGACCCUAACCUGGAAGACUGGGAGCAAACGCCGUUGCGUUAUCGGUGGUCCUGUGUGUCUUCCUCCAAACAGAGCUCAUCAGCAGGGUGUGCCCUCAACUUCGGGGCCACGGGAGGAGUCGUGACUGUGUCCCGAGCCAUAUUGGAAGCAGAUGUGGAGUAUACAUUCGACCUUACAGUCUGGAAAGCGGGGAUGCAUCCCGAAGCGACCAAUCAGACGGUGCUGCUGAAGAAGGGGACGGUGCCCAUUGUGUCUCUGCAGUGUGUCUCCUGCAAGGCCCAGUCUGUCUACGAAGUCAGCCGGAGCUCCUACGUCUACCUGGAGGGGGCUUGCCUGAACUGCCGGAACAGUUCCAACCUGGGGAUGACAAAGCUCUCCUUGGUCUCCCCCCCACCUUUUGUGCAGAGAUGGGCAGCCCAUAGCUUCAAAAACGAGUCUCUCACCUUGAAUGGAUCGACCACCUCAACCGGCGACACGGAGAUGAACCUGGUUUUGAGGCAGGGGGCUUUGCAGGAUGGAGAAGGGUAUACCUUCACCCUCCACAUCACUGAUCUUGCCACGGGAGAGGAAGGGUAUGCCUCCAUUGACCUGUUUCCAAACCAGCCGCCGUUUGGGGGCUCCUGCCGGCUGUCUCCUCUAGGACCCGUCCAGGCACUGACAGCAAAGAUUCAUUUUGAGUGCACAGGCUGGAGAGACAAGGAGGACGAAGGCACCCCUUUGGUGUACAUCCUGAAGGCUCUCCGCUGCCGCCUGGACUACUGUGAGGAAUUUUGGGUGUACAAAGGAAGCCACGCGGAGCAUGCCACCUUCCUGCCCCCAGGAUUCCAGGAGGGGGGCUCCUUGGUGCACGUGAUCGUCUAUGUGCAGGAUCAGCUGGGAGCAACUGUCAAGGCCAUCAACAGCUCCAUGGUCAUCACACUGCCCAGCACACCGGAGGGAUUCCAGAGCUUCCCGCAAUGGCUUUACAACCAGACUGAGGUGGUACUCCAGGGCCUGGUGAAGCAGAGCGACCCCCAACAGGUCACUGAGUAUUCCUUGGCUCUCAUCACCAUAUUAAACGAGUACGAACGCUCCGUGCAUUUGCAGCCGGGAGGAGAGCACGAGGAGCACCUUCGGGCCUGGACGCGGAGGAAUAUCACGGAGACCCUGAUCUCCUUGAACGUCAACACGGUGGAUGACAUCCAACAGAUCACGGCCGCUUUGGCUCAGUGUACGGUGGCCCACAAGGAGUUUGUUUGCCAGGCUUGCCUGACCAAGACCUUGCAGAAGCUGGAGGACAUGAUGGUCAUUCUUCAGGGAGAGACCAUGCAAGGGACCGUGACGCCCACCGGCAUUGCGGACAACAUCCUCAACAUCAUGGGAGACUUGAUCCACCUCGUCAACACCGCCUCGCAGGAGUCCAAGCCGCAAGAGCUGCUGCUGAGCGGGCAGAACGGUGUGCAGGUGGCCUCCAAAGCAUAUGCCCUCUCCACCGACCUGAUGCGGAUCCUGAUGAAGUCUCGAGUCCUCAACGAGGAGCCACUCAAGCUGGUGGGGAGCAACAUCACGGCCAGGGGCAAACGAUCCGACCCUCGCCGCCUGCUCUGCUACAAGGACACCCCCGACUGCCAGUUCUCCAUCCCUCCGGCGUUCAGCGCCACCUUCUCCGACCUGACUGACGUCGUCCAGGUCAUGAUAGGGGUGGACUACAACCCCUUCCCGUUCGGCUUCAUCGCGAACUACACCGUCUCCUCCGAGGUGGCUUCGAUGGAGUUCCAGGACAACAACGGGACGGAAAUCCCCGUCGGGAGCCUGGAUUCCGAGAAGGCCAUCACCGUGAUGGUCUUGGACCCCGGGGCGAAGAACAUCACUGCAGGGACAGUUGUGGUUGAGGAAAGGAAUUCGAUGAAUGUGGUGGUCACAACGGAGAACAGCAACAGGGAAGCAGGGCUGCAUAUCCAGGUCACCUUCAGCGUUAUCAAUGACCGCUACGUGUCGAGCGAACCGGAGCCCUUCAUAGCCGUCUACCUCCACCACUCGCCCGAGCCCAACGAGCACAACUGCACGGCCUCCAAGAAGAUCCACCUGCACGACAUGAAUCGGAUGCCGAGGGGGGACCACCGUUAUUACACCUUCUUUGUCUCCCCUGCUGUUGCCGAUGACACCGCGGGCGACUAUUACCUGAACAUCACCAACCACUUCCUCUGGUCACCCGUGAACGUGACGCUGGGCCUGUACAGCGCCUUGUGCCAGUACUUCAGUGAGCAGGAGGCGCGCUGGAAGACGGAAGGCAUGACUUCCCUGGAGGGCACCACUCCGGAGAGGGCCGUGUGCUUGACCCAACAUCUCACGGCUUUUGCUGCUAGUCUCUUUGUCCCGCCCCACUCCGUCCAGUUCAUACGGCCUCCCCCAGGCCCUGGGCGCAACUACAUUGUCUUACUGCUGUGUGCCAUCUGUGUCGUGACGUACUCGGUGGCUGCCGUGAUCGUGCACAAACUGGACCUGAUUGACAUUAACCGAGUGGGAGUGAUUCCUUUCUGCGGGAAGAACGGGCUGUACAAGUACGAGAUCCUGGUGAAAACGGGCUGGGGCACCGGGUCAGGGACCACGGCCCACGUGGGGAUCACCUUGUACGGGAUGGAAAAUAAAUCUGGGCACAGGCACCUGGACAGCGAGAACGCUUUCCACCGCAACAGCCUCGACAUCUUUCAGAUCGCCACCGAACGGAGCCUGGGCAGUGUGUGGAAGAUCCGUGUCUGGCACGACAAUAAAGGGCUCAGUCCGUCCUGGUACCUGCAGCACGUCGUCGUCCGGGAUUUGCAGACCUGUAAGAGCUACCACUUCCUGGUGAACGACUGGCUUUCCGUGGAGAGCGAGGAGAACGGCGGCUUGGUGGAGAGGGAGGUCUUUGCUGCCAGUGAGGCCGACCUGAGGAGCUUUGUGCGCAUAUUUGUGGCUGAGCUGCAGCGGGGUUUCUUCGAGAAGCACGUCUGGCUGUCGCUGUGGGACCGACCCCCGCGCAGCCGCUUCACCCGCGUCCAGAGAGCCUCCUGCUGCUGCCUCCUCAUCUUCCUCUUCCUCUGUGCCAACGCCGUGUGGUACGGUGCCGUGGGGGACGUCAACUUCAGCCCUGUGGCCAUUUCCACCCUGCUCCCGGUCAGCGGCGAGACGGUCACGGUCGGCUUGGUGUCCAGCCUGGUCGUCUACCCGCUGUACUUGGCCCUCCUCUUCCUCUUCCGGAUGGCGCGGAGCAAGGUGUCUGUCCGCCAGUCCCUGGCCCAGCCAGACCAGCAGUCCUUGGAGAUUGACAACUACCUCGACUCCUCGCUGCUGGAGAGCUCCUUCUUCACCUUCCCGAGGCUGCCCGCGGAGGCCUUUUCAGAGCAAACCAAGACAGAUUUGUUUCUGGAUGAUUCAAAAAGCCUGAUCCGGUGGCACUCCAGUGAGGCUAUGCUCAACUGGCCGGACCUCCUGAGCGAUCCCUCCAUCAUGGGCAGCACUAUCCAGAAGCUGAAGAGGGGGAGGACCAGCCGCCACCUUGGCCUCGAGGCCCCUUUGGCCGCUGAGGAGGACAGCUUGUCGCUUGGCUUCCCGCCGGUCCAGCCCAGAUACUUCUCCGCUUCCGAUGAAGAGCUGAUCCGGCAAAUCCUUGCCGAAGGUGCCGGCAGCAUCUCUCACCCUCCGGAUAUGAGGCAGUGUCCCAACAGGGUGGAGACGGACCUCAUCUCAGGGCUAUCCAGCAUGCUUGGGGAGAAGACGGAGACGAUCAUGCUGCAGAGACUGAACGAGAAAGGGCAGCCCGUAGCGGCCCCUGGCAGGGAACUGAGUCGCUCGGCCAAAUCCACUCAAACAGCCAUGGACCACGUCCACCGCCCGUGGCUGCUGCCCUUUUGGUGCUCGUACCUGGCCCACGCCAUCGGCCUCCUCCUCCUCCUCCUCUGCUUUGGGAUCUCCGUGUGGAUCGGGGUGGGCUUCACCUCCAGCGUGGCCCUCAUGUGGCUCAUCUCAGGGAUUUUUAGCUUCCUUGCUUCCUUUUUGCUCUGGGAACCCCUCAAGGUUGUGCUGGAAGCCCUUUAUUUCUCGCUGGUGGCCAAGCGCCUGCACCCCGAGGAGGAUGACACCCUGGUGGAGCACCCCUUCGUCGAGCACGUUUCCGAGAAGAUCAGCAAAGUCCGGCCGCCUCAGGGAUUUGCCCUUUUCCAGGCCAAGGAGGAGGCCCGGAAAGUGAAACUCCUGCACCGACUGCUGAAGAACUUCCUCGUCUACAUGCUGUUCCUGCUGGCCGUCCUCCUCACCAACUACGGCGACAUCUUGCACAGCAGCCGGGCCUUCCUCCUGCAGAGCGCCGUCAAGCAGCAGCUGGGCAGCGAGCAGUUCCUGCGCAUUCAGAGACCCGAUGACUUCUGGGUGUGGAUGUCGCAGGGGCUGUUGCCGUAUCUGUACAAGAACCAGUCCAGCCAGGAGAGCUACAGCACCACCCUGGGAGCCCCACGGCUGCGGCAGGUUCGCUGGCAAGCAGCGGGCUGUCCGGAUUCUGUUGGCCGUGCCCUUGGCAGGAUCGAUCUGCCUGCAAGUGGGAGGGCGUGUGUUUCCAGUUCCAGCGGCUUCGAUACUGCCAGUUACGCAGCCGGCUGGAAGCCCGUCCUCAGCAACCUCACGCGGCCAUGGGCCUACGCCCCACCUGACCUUGCUGGAGUCUGGUACUGGGGAUCUCUUUCCUUCUAUGACAGCAGUGGUUAUGUCCAAGAGCUGGGAACCACUUUGGAAGAGAGCAAGGCCCGCCUGGAAGGUCUCCAGCAGAACAACUGGAUCAACAACAUGAGCCGAGCGGUCUUUGUGGAGCUGGCCCAGUACAACCCCGCCCUGGGCCUCCACGCGGUCAUCACGCUGAGGCUGGAGUUCCCCGCGGCAAGGCAGGCGCUGCCGGCGGUCGCCAUCACGCCCUUCCCGCUGCUCCCGCUCAGCAGGGGGGUGACGCUGCAGCUCCUCAUGAUGGUGUUCCUCAUGAUUGUGGUGGUCUACCUGGUGGUCUCGGAGUGCCUCUCCAUCAAGAAGGCCGGCCGGGCCUAUUUCACUCUGCUCCGCAGCUACAGCCAGUGGUUGGUCAUCUUCCUCACCACCUGCACAGUGGCCGUCCACCUCAGCCAAGCCAGCCUGGCUGACCGGCAGUGGGCCAGAUACCUGAAGGACAGACAAGGCUUCACCAACUUCUACCAGGUGGCUUCUCUCCACACCACCUUCAGCAGCCUGGCUGCCUCGCUCCUCUUCGUGCUGACCGUCAAGGCUUCCCAGCAGCUGCGCUUCGUCCGACAGUGGUCCACCUUUGGCAAGACUUUGCAGAGAUCUGCGAAAGAGCUUCUGGCCACAGGGCUGGGCUUUGCAGUCCUCACUCUGGCCUACGCACAGCUUGGCUUCCUGCUCUUCUCCUCCAGCUCCGAGUCCUUCCACAGCUUCCCUGGGGCCCUGCAGCUCCUGUUCACGGCCCUCCGCAGCCGCCUGAGCCCGCGCCUCUGCCUCCCAGACCGCACGGGGCUCUCCAGCCUCUUCUGCACCACCUACGUGGUGCUGGAGCUGUGGCUGGUGCUGCGGCUCUUUGCCGUGGUGCUCCUCCAUCACUACCGCGAGACCCGCUUGGAGAUGUACCGGCCAGCUUUCGAAUCGCAGGACUACGAGAUGGUCGAGCUUUUUGUCCGGAGACUCAAGAUGUGGAUGGGAUUCAGCCGAGUCAAGGAGUUCCGGCACAAGGUGCGCUUCGAAGGGAUGGAGCCCCUGCCCUCCCGCGCCUCCAGCCAGGACUCCCGCUCCCUGCAAGUCCCCACGCCCAGCGCCACCUCGGACAGCUCCCGGGCCUCCACCUCCUCCAGCCAGCUGGACGGGCUCAGCCUGGCCCCCAGCACCCAGGACAGCUCGGAGGCCGAUUCGGACGUGCAGCGCCUCCUCUCGGUCCUCGAGAUGCUGCUCAGCCGGUUUGACCGGGUGAACGAGGCCACGGAAGAGGUGUUCCGCAUGGAGCGCCGGCUGGAGGGCACCUGGAGCUGGCAGGCCAGGAGGAGGCCCCGCCAGAGGGCCGAGCAGCCCACAAGCUGGCCCGGCCCCCCUCGGACACAUGCCGGAUCGCUGUCCUCCGAGGCGGCCCCCGUCGGCAGCCGGCUUCUGUCCUCCCAGCCCCUGAGCAGCUCGGUGCCCAGCAGGAUCGUCCGAGCCAGCCAGGCCUCUCUGCUCGCUCCGCACAAGGCACCCGCCUCCCUCGUGCCGGCGGUCAGGAAGAAGAAGCCCUUGCGGGCCAACAACCGAGUCCACCCCAGCGGCAAAUAGCAGCCGUGUUCCAGGCGGAAACCAAGGGGCUUGUGGCCCACCGACAGGCCGUCCUGCAUGGGAGGCCGCGGCUCAGCUGUUUCCCAAAGCUCCGGCGCUCUUCCCUUCUGCAGGAUCCGAAGGGCUGGGAGCGCAGCAUGUUCGUCAGCUUGAUGCCCCUGGACGUGUGGAGCAGAUCGCAGCUGGUGCCCCGUGGGCAGCGAGGAGGGGCUAGGAAUAGCAGGGGGGCUCCUGUUCCCUUGUGGCCCCUGGGGGCUGCCUGGGGACAGUGCAAUUUUCCACAGUAUUAUGGCUUCCUCAGAGAACAAGCAAGGCCUCUUGACUGUCUCUGGAAGGGGGGAGAAAACCCCCUGGGAAGGUGAGACCCACUUCCAUGGUGGGCGGAGGGGGAACAGCAAGAAGGAGCGCCCAGUUCCUCUGAGAGAAAACCCACAAGGAAGUAAAACCAGGUUUGUGAAGAAAAAGUUAGAAAAUGCAGCCCGUCCAUCACUUUUGCAAAUUGCUUUCUUGAAAGCUGCUGGAGGCAAAAGUUGGAAGAGCCGGGGUGAAGGACCCCCAAAAGAUCUCCAGUGUUCAGCAGGCUGAACUCAAGACAUGAAAAGAGGAGAUUCUAUGCAUCCUGGCAGGGUCAGUUUCUCUCAUGAACUUUGCAGGUUUUACAAAGAAGAUGCACUUUGGAGGAAGAACGAUACAGGGUGGAAAUGACUGGAUUUGAAAUGCACACGCAGAGCAGGCGUCUCUUUGCAGGGAUUGGAUCUGGAUUGCUUUUCUCCUCCAGAAUUUCAUCCUAGGUCUAUUUAAGAGAAAUCCAAAAAUGCCACCAGCCGGAGAUUUCCUUUCUCUUUUUAAAAAAAGAGUCUUCUCCUAGACCAAUACAGCGUUCAAAACCUUAAUUUGCCGGUCUUGAAGAUGGCAAUUUGCUCAUUUGAAUGGGCCCAAAGGAGUUGGAAUCUUGUUGCCGGGAAGGUUGCCGUUUGGCGAGAGAGCCCCGUGAGCUGGAUUCACUGGGUUCCCCUCCCUUUGGCGUAUUUCCCUCAUUGAACCAGCUGAGUAGGUUCAAAUGUGUUGUGUUGGUCACGUCAUUUUAUAGAUUGAGGAAUAUGACUGAGCAUACUUUAUUUUAUAUAUAUGUGUGUGUGUGUGUGUGUGUGUUGUAGGUGUGUGUGUGUGUUUGUGUAUUUGGUUUACUAUUUGUAUUUACUGCCCAGCACUUUAAUCAAUGCUUUCCUUAGCUAAUGGUGACACACACAACUUUUAAAAUAAGAGCAGGAUAAUAUAUCGUGGAAGCAGUAUUUCGUUUUUAAAAAAAUCAUAAAUUGAAACUGGCCACUGGAAUAUGACCACAGACACGCUGCUUGCCGCUCUCCUUGCUCCUAGCCCCCACGGAAAUGCCACCUUGCGGCCCCCACUUUUAGAAGGCUCUAGAGCAAGCAAGUGGCGGAAGAAUUCAGGACAGGCGUGGGCCACAUCCUCGCAGAAGGGUGCUUGGGCACUUUUGGUCUGACUUCUGAUUAAAAAUGUUUAAUUACAGCUCAUUAUUCGGGAGCGCCAAAGAUGACAGACAGGCGACAUUGAGAGGAUGCUGAUCUGGAAGUUCUUUCCACCCCAAAGAAACCUCUGCCGUCCACCCCACAGUGUGCCACAACCGUGAAUGAAGCCCCCAGAGUUACAGGUGUUGCCCAACCCCUGCUUUGAAGCAUGGUGUGGUUAAUCCUUGGAACUGCCCACUGUAGGGUGUAGAUAUUAUUCAUCUGGUCUCCAACAUGUUUCUUGCUUUUACGCAAGAAGACUUUUGAUUUGGAUAUGCCUUUGGAGUGUCCCAGAACCAAAGUGUAGACCUCUUGUUUGCAAAUCAACACUGUCUCCCGCACAAUGCAUUAGAAAGAAUAAAUAGACCCCUCCCGGGGAAUCUGCAGCUGGUCUGUGGGUCCUCUGGUGCCUUGGCUGCCCUCCACCCUUGGCGCUCCUUCUCCAACACGUUCUCUUUCUUCUCCCAAACUAUGGGGUUUCUUCUGUCUUCAUAUUCCACCGGCCAGUUUAACGUUAUAUAUAUUGUAAGUAAUUUAUAUGGGAUUUUUACAAGGAGAAAAAUAAUGUAUAUUUUUGUAUGUUGGCUAUAUUUUUAUAGCAUUGGUACUGUGCUUGACACGUGUAGAUAGGGAGUUAUUUAAAAGAAGUAAUAAGGUGUGUGUUAGAUGUCCUCUUGCUAAUACGUUGUGUUCUGGAUGGGUGGGGUGGCGCAUGGGUGGGAUUUUGUGCCACGGGCAGUUGGGGAGAUUUCUGUUUUUCCCGUCGGUCCAGGGCAGGGAGCUGGAACUCUCUGCAGGGCACGCUGGUGCCAGAUCCCCAGAAUCCUUUGCUAGGCCUAAAAGGAACCCAGCUGUUCAGUCUGGCCUCUGACUGGGUUUCCACAAGUGCUCUUACAGAAUGUGGACUGCUUAUUUCACCUCCGUCACUGGUAGGAGUUGCAGUUUCUUUUUCGGGAAGGAAAUGAUUUAACUUUUUCUCUAGAACCAUCACCCCUAAGUGGGGACAUUUUUGUCUCUUUAAUGAGAUUUCAUUAUUUAUAAGGGUGCUAUUUUUGAACUUAAGCUUUUCUUUAAAAAAAACCAAGCUGCUUUAUUGUGGGGUACAAAGAGAGGAAAGGCAAGUGCUUCACAGCCUUCGGUGGAAACAGGAAACGUUGCCAAGAGGGAGGGAGAGGGCAAGUGGGUUGAGAGAGAGAGAGAGAGAGAGAGACGUUGAAUGACAUUUGGGUGGGCCAAGGUGCUUGGCAUUCUAAAGAUGUCUGUUUGGAGGCAGAAAAAGGAGGGGAGGAUUUUUCAGGGUUGCCUACAAUCAGAGGGCAAAUGUGGCAGAUCUUCCAUUCUGGUUGAGAAAUUGAGCCACUCUCCUGCCUCUCUUGCUGGUUAGGAGGCAGCACAUGAAACUAGUGCAGAGUUGGACAAGAGUAGACCUCCGCUGGCAGAACGGCAGGAAAUGGAGAUAUUUGGGCUUCUGCAAAAGAACAGAGCCUCAGAUGAGUGCAUGGCUUGAACUAAGUGGAAGGCGUCACUCUGGUUAGUCUGCACCAUUAAAUGUUCUCAUAGGGUCUCUUUAAAGUAGGUAUUUACAGGGGGCCACACAGUCAAAUCAGGGAAGCAAGAGCCUCAGGAAAGGAGCAGCGUUUGAGUGCUGUACCUAAAAGGAAGCAGGAAACAUGCUGGGGAGGAGGCCCAGUGCCUUCCAGGAAGCACCCUUCUUGGAGGAGUCGCAUGUUCCCAAGGCUUGGCUGCGAGAGCUACUUCAGUGUGGCACCUGUGUGCCCCUCAGCAAUGAACCCAUGCCAUGCCCCUAACAAGCAGGUAAACUCCUGAAUGCAUAUUUUGGUCUUCCACUCACAGCCAGAUGGUUUUAUUUAUUAUCACCUGAAAUCCCACACACAGGGGUUCACAAAAAGUGGGUGGCCCAAAUGCCACAGGACUACAACUCCCAUCAUCCCCAGCUGCAAUGGCCUUUAAUGGGAGUUGUAGUCCAGCAAUAGCUGGGCCCACCCACCUUUGAGAACCCCUGCCUAUUUAGAUGUCUACAGUAUCUUGCUGCUUAAUAAGAGAACCCCAUCAGCUCCCCCCGCACCAAAAAAAAAAAGCCCCAUCGCUUCUUCAGGGUUUUUUUUGCAAAGGCUUCCUGUAGCAAUGGCAGAACAAGAACCGGUGUGCUUGAUAACAUUUGCAGACAGAAUGUUUUCUUUUGUAAUAGUGGGAACCUUAAAAAAAAACAAAAACCAAACACAUGACAAAGUCAGUUUUUUAAAAAUAAAAACGACAGCUCAAUAAACACUUGAGUGU